AUGACAUCUCCAACAACCGCCAUCUCACACGAUGGUUCACUUCAAACCAUAAAGGCACUCGAUUCCAGCUCUGUUCACCGUAUCUCAUCUGGACAAGUCGUAGUAGACCUGCAAACUGCUGUCAAGGAGCUUCUCGAGAAUAGUCUCGACGCGGGUGCUACAAACGUUGAGGUACGCUUCAAAGACCACGGUCUGAGCACCUUUGAGGUGGUCGACAACGGGAGCGGAAUCGCUCCUCAGGAUUAUGAUGCCAUCGCUCUCAAACACCACACGUCAAAGCUCUCUGCUUUUUCUGACCUUACUUCGCUGAGUACCUUUGGAUUUCGGGGCGAAGCUCUUUCGUCUUUGUGCGCCCUCGCGGAUAGCGUCACCGUCACGACAGCAACUGCGUCGGAGACUCCUAUGGGCACCGUAAUCGAGUUUGAUCGCACUGGACACGUUGUGAGCCGUGACUCAAAGGUCGCUAGGCAGCGCGGCACCACUGUUGCUGUUGCAGGUUUGUUCAAGCCUUUACCGGUUCGUCGAAAAGAGCUCGAACGAAAUGCGAAACGGGAGUUCGGCAAAGCGCUGGCGCUCCUUUCCGCGUAUGCACUCGUCCCAUGUGCGCAGGAGAACAGAGGUGUGCGUUUAACCGUGACGCAUCAACCCAUUGGCGGGAAGAAGAGUGUACAGCUGCGCACUGAAGGCUCAGCCUCAACGCGCUCGUCCGUUUCGGCACUGUGGGGUCCGAAGGCGCUGGAGCACCUUGUUGACCUCGACCUACACUUUUCGGUGGAGAUAGAGAAGGCUGUACUGAGGCGGCAAGGAAUCAUAGACAAAGAUGGACAUAGCAACGAGGUACACGUGCGAGGCCUGGUCUCCAGAUUCGCAGUAGGAUGCGGACGCGCAUCUACAGAUCGGCAGUUCUUCUUCAUUAAUGGACGCCCGUGCAAUCCAUCCAAGGUCCAGAAAGCGUUUAACGAGGUGUAUCGUACAUUCAACGCGAAUCAAGUCCCAUUCGUCGUGGCUGAUUUUAUCCUCCCGACUGAUUCGUGCGACGUGAAUGUCAGCCCGGACAAACGCACUAUUUUAUUGCACAGCGAGAACAGCUUGGUGCAGGCGCUGAAGAGUGCUCUGGAAGAGACGUUUGCGUCAUCUCGUGCAACGUAUGACGUCAAUAGCUCGCAUGCUGCAACUAAGCAAGGGACACAGGCGAAAUUGCGGGAGAAAACCACCAACCCGAAAUGCUCACAGAUACCUCUGUUCCUAGAUGACGACGAGGAUGUUGGAGGCGAAGGUUCACCGCAACGGCGAGAAGCAUUCGAGGAACAGCCUGUUCUUUCUAACGCAAAUGAUUUUGUUGAAAACGAGGCCUUUGGCGAACCGCGACUUCUUAUGCCCUCCGCUUCUCCGCUUCCUGAAAUUGAUGCCUCACCGGAGUCUGGUGCAAGUUCAGCCUCCGAGGUUGUCAUUAACUCUCCACCAUACCAUGCGCCGUCGCACUCGCCGACUCGUCUGAGUUGGGUUGCCUCCGCAGAUACUUCAUUACAGAACAGUCCAGAAGUUCCGUCGCUCGUUUCCAGGGAUGAUACGACCUUGGAAAGUGACCACGAUGAAUUGAACAUGCAUUCCGAUGUCGCUGAAGAAGUACAACUAGUCCGCUCACCCACUGUCACCCAGAUACAGAUGGACCCGCGAGAUAUAGAGAUUAACCGCCCACCCACGGUUACCCAACUGCGAGGCAUCGUCGACCGUUUCAGUUCCACGUCUGGAGGUGAAGCCCCCACAAAUACAGAUAUUGCCAAAAAUUUGAGCGAAAAGGCUCCUAAAGCCGGUCCGUCUCGUGCCCCGCCCUCCGUGUGUAGUGCUGGACAGAAAAGACCCCUGGCGUCGCAUGUAGACAGCAACAGCAGCACUGCUCGCACCGUGCAGAUGGUGCUCAGCACGUCUGGGACUGCUUGGGACCUACAUGCAGGAAAUCGUGAUUCAGAGCCGGAAAACAAGCGGCGUAGAGUCGAUAAUGGGAACCACACGAGAGACUCGAGAGAGGCUCGGCAGGACUUGAGGGCGCACUUGAGGGGAUUUGCCCGGACGGGGAGUCAGGUUGUGGACGUGGAUAUGGAGGACGAGGAGCAAGUCUUGCCUCAGGACGAAGCCGUCGCCGAAACUUCCAACGAUGCAGAGGAUGCAGUGAUGGUGAUCGAGGAGUCCGACGUUGGCCAAGAUGUCCCUAACGUGAAUGAUUCAACAUCAGAAGUCGCCAAGACGUCGUAUACGGACUUUUCAGACAGGAACGUCAUUCCCGUGGAUGAUUCGUCGAGUUUCUCAGUCAGGCAGAUUACUGUGGACAGUGACAUCACGACGUCUUCGACCUCAUCGGCACUACCGUUAUCACAGGAAUCGCGUCCUGAGGUCGUCCGUACGACAGAUAGCGAGGACGUCUCCCUUAGCAUCUCCUUGUCUCAUAUAACCGAUUCCUGGCAGCGUCUUCAGGAGCGUCUCACUGCUGGGGGCACUCCGACAAGGGAGCCCAAGUUGGUGCUGGAUGCCGAGGCUGGUGUUGUGACGGAGGAUGACAUCAAGGCAGUGGAGACGCUAUCUCGAGUCAUCGAUAAGGCGGACUUCGGUGUGAUGGAGGUCGUUGGCCAAUUCAAUCUUGGCUUUAUUAUCGCGCGCAGGCGUAAAGAAGCUGCUGAGGGUGUGCCCGCGAUGGAUGACCUGUUCAUUGUGGACCAGCAUGCGGCCGACGAGAAGUACAACUUUGAGACGCUGCAGCAAACCACGAAGAUUGACUCACAGAAGCUUUUUCGACCCCUCCCACUGGAGCUCACUGCAGCUGACGAGAUGUUAGCAACAGAGCGGGUGGAUAUGCUCCAUCAAAAUGGUUUUGAGAUCGACAUAGCGGACGAUCCUUUGGGUGGUUCUGCACGCCUGCGUCUGGUUGCACAGCCUAUCAGCAAGAGCACCGUGUUCGACGUCAAAGAUCUUGAAGAGCUUCUACAUCUGAUGCAUAACGCGCCCGACGGGCAGAUCGUGCGCUGCUCCAAAGUCCGUGCCAUGUUCGCAAUGCGCGCGUGCCGAAAGAGCGUCAUGGUCGGUAUGCCGCUUACACGAUCACAGAUGGUCUCCGUCGUGCGCCAUAUGGGGACGAUGGACCAGCCGUGGCAUUGUCCGCACGGCCGUCCGACGAUGCGUCACCUUUCGGAUAUUACGGGGGAAGUAGGACGGCAAUGGUCGAAAUCCGACCUUCAGGCGCGUCCGCCACCUAUGAGGCCGGUUGACUGGUCUUUGUUUGGGAAGGGCUAG